CAUGGGAGCGACUCGGGUUGCUGGACUGGUAGUGGGCCGAGCCCUGUGAGGACAGAGCAGAAGCAGGCUGUUGAGAGAGCCCAGCCACGGAGGCCUUCCUCAUCAGAGGUCGAGUUUGGGAAAGCAAGCUGGGUAAGGGGUACCGGGCCCUGCGGCUCCAGGCCAAGGGAAGGGCGACGGAUCCUGCCUGCAGAAGCCCCAGCUCCAGAGCCCAUGGAGAAGCUUGAGGCACAGUACUGUUACUUUUGCUCAGAAAACAUACGGAAAACUAAUCCUUUUAUACUGAAUAUACUCCAGAAACUGGAUGAAGAAAUUGAAAAGCGACCCAAAGAAGAAAAAAUCACCGUAAACAUUGCUGGUAACAGUCGCUUAGUCUCAGGACAAAGAAUAACAGGUGAAGACUUUUGGCUUCUCUCCAAAGCGUUAAGGACCCAGCCCUGUAUCAGUGGUGUGGACGUGAGGUAUAACCUCAUAGGCGAUAUCGGUGCCUACUAUGCUGCAAAACUACUUCAGAAACAACCAAAUAUCACUUACUUAAACCUUAUGUUUAAUGAUAUUGGACCCGAAGGUGGAGAACUGAUUGCCAAAGCACUACAUAAAAACAAAACUCUUAAGUAUUUGAGAAUGACUGGCAACAAGAUUGAGAACACAGGAGGCAUGCUUUUUGCUGCCAUGUUGCAGAUGAACUCAUCCCUGGAGAAACUGGAUCUGGGCGACUGUGACCUGGGACUGCAGAGUGUGAUCGCAUUUGCUACAGUGCUGACCCAAAACCAAGGAAUCAAGGGGAUAAACCUGAACCGACCUAUACUGUACGGAGAACAGGAAGAGUCUACAGUCCACGUUGGCCACAUGUUGAAACAAAAUCACGUCCUUGUUGAACUACAUAUGUGCAAACAUGGUAUGAAAAAUUAUGGUCUACAACAGUUAUGCAAUGCACUGUAUUUGAACAGUAGCCUACGCUACCUUGAUGUCAGCUGCAAUAAAAUAACUCGUGAUGGAAUGGUGUUUUUGGCUGAUGUUCUAAAAAGUAACAGUACGCUGGAAGUCCUAGAUCUUUCUUUUAACAGAAUAGAAAAUGCAGGAGCAAAGCACCUCAGUGAAACUCUAACUUCCCACAACAGGAGUCUUAAAGCAUUGUCUGUAGUCAGCAACAAGAUAGAGGGAGAAGGGCUUGUUGCACUUUCCCAGUCAAUGAAAACAAACCUCGUACUGUCCAAUAUCUACAUUUGGGGAAACAAAUUUGAUGAGGAUACCUGUGUGGCAUAUUCAAAUUUGAUAAAGAGUGGCCGACUAAAGCCAGAUGAUACAGAUGUGGAACCAUAUGAGGUGGAUGAACACAUCUUCCUUUCAGAAGUCUCCAAUGGCCUUAAAAGGCAUUAUUACUGGACACCGACUUACGGAGGUGCUUACAUGCCGUCAUCUUCCGCAGGCUUUGCUCUUGUUCCUGUGGGUGAACGUCUAUAAGAAACAGGCUUGAAAACAAUUUCACACAUUUGUCUCAACAUUUUUAGAGACUAAGAUUUUGUUUACUAAUUUUUCUUUUGUAAAUUAGAACAAAUUAUUUUUAAUCAAAUUAUAAAAUUUUGUGUACUUGCCUCUUGUCGAGAAAAAACUGAUUCUUCACACAGAGACUAAAAUAUCAACCCUGAAACAAACCACAGAACUACAGUAAUUCUUUUUGUAAUGAAAAAUGAACACAAAAAUCAAAGACAGUAAAGUCACUACAGAAAUCUUAGCCAAAUAUUAUGGCAGAUUUGCUUUGCAGCUGGCAAAUUUUCAGUAGAUUCUGAGAGACAUCAAAGCUUAGAAGUCAAAAAGUAUUCCACAUAGAUGUUUAGGCAUUCCAGACAGGUGUUAACAAUUUCACAAAAACAAGAAAAUAAAGCUUCCUGGCAUAGACAA